CAAUCGGCUUGCGUGUUGUUGGCUGGUACGCCGGUACGCCGGUCGGGUUGCAGCUUGGAAAAGGGGAAGCGACUGGCGGAGGCAGCAUCGGCUGUUCAUUGUGGUGCGGUGCUAUGGACCCCAGGGGCAAUGUUGAGACCGGGGAGACAGAAAACCAGUCGGAACUGUUCUACGUGCCAAUUCCAAGCGAAGCACCGUGCAAGAGGGAGCAGGAAAAACUGUCAGGAGUCGUCAAAAACGUCCACAGAAAACUGCGUAGGAAAUACAGGGAGGUGGGCGACUUUGACAAGAUCUGGCGAGAGCACUGUGAGGAUGAGCAGACACUGAGUGAGUAUGCCCUCGCCAUGAAGAAUCUUGCUGACAAUCACUGGACCAAAAAGUGUGAAGGAGAGGGCCGCAUUGAAUGGUGUCGCAGUGUGUGUCAGGAGUAUUUUUUGGAUGGUGGAAUGAAAAGAGUGUUAGAAAAGGACCAGAAAAGUGCCACAGUUGCUUUGGGUGCGGGUGCAGCACCUGCAAGUUUCCAGCCAUACAGCACCAUCCCCAGUUCAAUCUCUCAGCUGGGGAAAAUGCGCCUUCUUGAUGUGGGGAGCUGCUUCAACCCUUUCUUGAAGUUUGAUGAAUUCCUUACAGUUGGUAUUGACAUAGUGCCUGCGGUUGAGAGUGUGUACAAGUGUGACUUCCUCAACCUUCAGCUCCAGCAGCCUCUUCAGCUGGCAGGUGACGCAGUAGAGGCUUUCCUCCGCCAGCUCCACAACCCCAUUGAUGCUCUACCUGCUCAGCUUUUCCACGUGGUGGUCUUCUCCCUGCUCUUGUCCUACUUCCCCUCACCGUACCAGCGCUGGAUCUGCUGUAAGAAGGCCCAUGAGCUGCUGGAGCUGCAUGGCCUGCUGCUCAUCAUCACGCCCGACUCCUCUCACCAAAACCGGCACGCCCUCAUGAUGCGCAGCUGGCGUGUCGCCGUGGAGUCGCUGGGCUUUAAGCGCUACAAAUAUGUCAAGUAUUCUCACAUGCAUCUCAUCGCCUUCCGUAAGGUGUCUCUGGCCACCACCAGUGACCUGGUGUCACGCAACUACCCUGAGAUGCUUUACAUCCCUCAGGACUUUAAUUCCAAUGAGGAGGAAGACUGUGAAGACAUGCCGUUACAGGUGCGCUCCGAGUUUGAGGAUGACCAGCUAGCUUGGGGCUUCACGGAGCUACCAGACACACCCUAUGAUUCAGAUUCUGGGGAGAGCCAGAGCAGCUCUGUACCUGGAUUUCAUGAGCUAGAGGAUCCCAUCCUGCUUCAGAGCUAGGCUAAACCAGCAACCCCCCCCCCCCGCUCUACCUAAAGCCCCUUUCAGACAUGGAAUAUGUAACAUUGCUGGCUUCAAAAGUCUGUGAAAGUGAUGGCAUUUUAUCAUUCAGAAAUAUCACUCAUUUAAUACCCCUAAUGGUUUCAUUCGAACAUACCCCUCACAGUGAGAGUGAAAGCUACAGUACAUGCAUGAUAUUUGCCACACAGUAUUAUCAGCAUUAAUAGUGAUUAUUGUAACCCCCACUUAUGCAAGUUUAGCUCUUUGCUGUUGUACCUAAGAGGAGGGUCUCUCACACAAACUCUGAUACGGAGAUUUCUCUUCUGUAAUGGGAACACACAUGCAUCACAGAGGUGUGUAAUCUUAUUUGAAACAUAUUUAUUACAUGUUAUUGCUAUUUAUUGCAUCCUCUGGUCAGCUGAGCAACUCAUAAAGAUGCACAAGACACAUGCAGAGUUGUAAUCUUGUGUGUGCCUAUCUAUUAACAUGUACAAAAGCAUUUCUAGGUUUGACCUAGUCAGACUGUCGUUGAGACAGAGUGACCAGGAUGCCGAUUCAGACGUGAAGCCGACGCAUUUAGAUGCUGCCAGAUUAUUGUAAAAGGAGUGAAUGUCUGAAAAGGGCUUAACGGUCCUCCCCUUCAACUGCUGCGCUGCCAAAUUUAACCAGCUGCAUUCUUACCCCACUUCUGCCCCUCCUCCUCAAAACAAUGCAGUUUGCACAGUGUGAAAGAGAGAAGUUUACAGAUUAUUUUCUCAUAUCCACACUCCUUUUAGAGUGUACACACAUACACGUACACACAUGCACACACACUCACACACACACACUAAGAUGGAUAUAUUUUGAUAAAUAGCUAGGUUUUUUAAGAGUUGGACAUUGAACGCCCACAAGAUAUAUGAACUCCCCGCUUCUCUUAAUAUCAAAAGUCAGCUUGUCUAUAUUCUGUAUUCAGUCUCUGUUUGAAUAAGCUAGGCUGCUUGGUACAAAAGCCAAAAACAGCAUACCCAGGCAGCCUGACAGGGGUUUGAUUGCACUGCUGAGACUGAUAUAAAAUGAUGGACUGGUGCCGUUGCUUCUGUCACAUACAGCUCAGCUUUCUGAAAUUGUUUUGAUGUUCACUUAGUUUUCCAAGACAAAAAAAAAAAACAAAUAAAAAAAAAAGCUUAUUGUUUGGAAAUAGAUAUCCUUAG